AUGACGACGUUAAAGGAACUAAUACCAUUCCAUGAUUUUAUAACUGAGGUGGAAAAAUCCCCUGUAUUUAGUAACAGCCUUCGGAAUUCCGAAUUAAUAUUAGAUGAUAAUGAUGAAUCUUUAGGCUUACAUAAAAUUUUCGAAAUAAAUAUAAAAGGUGAUGAUAAUAAAAAUAUAAAAAUUGAAAUGAAUGAAGAACCUGAUCAAAGUAUCGCAAAACCAAACGACGACGAAACUCUUUCAGACGACAUUCAUAAUCCAAAUAUCAAUCAAGAAAUAAUCAAUUAUAUUUAUGAACAUUUGCUACCAAAAGAAGCAAACAAUCAAACAUUAUUCAAUAAUUUUGACACAAAUGACAAAGUUGAACAAAAUUUAAGGACAACUUCAAAAAACGAAGAAUUAGAUGAUACUGAUGAAAAUGCUUCUCCUAGCACAUCAAUGGAAGAAAUUCAUGAAAGAAAUUGUACUAUAAUAAAAAAAGACGAAGAUAAAUUUUCAUUACAAAGCCACGUUUUAGUUGAAGGGAAAUGCUUCAUAUCAAAUGAUAGGAUUUAUUUUGUUUCAGCGUUCAGUCAAAUAUUAAAAAAUUCAUCGGUUGUUAGAGUAAAAUGUGAAUCAAUCCUAUCAACUAUAAAAGCAAAAAAAUUUAAUAUAAUUCCUAAAUCCCUUAAAAUAAAACCAGAUGAAACACAAUCAUUUUCGUUUACAAUAUUAUUAGAUAAAGACAAUACAUAUGAUUCGAUAUCCAACAUGAUACAAUAUCCAAUAAAUUCAAAACAAAAACUAGAAAUAAAUCCUAUACCACACAAUAAAAAACAAACCCAAAGCCAAAAUAACAAUCUAGAUUUAGAUCACAUAAAACCUUCUCCCGUAUUCUCGGAAAAUCUUUUAAUUACAAAAGAAAUUCAUAAUAUGAUAUCUAUGAAUAUAUAUCCCGAAGAAAUUCAAUUAUUAGAAGAAAAAGAAUUUUAUACUGAUUUAAAAUAUGUAACUAGUCUAUAUAUAAAUAAAUAUUUUAAAGAUCUCUAUUAUAAUGUAUUUUCGAAAAAUCAUCCCAAAAAUCCAUUAUAUGAACUUUCUCGCCAAAUGGAUCCACAAGGUAUUAAUUAUGACAAAUUUAAUCAAUUACCUGAUACUAUACAAACUCCAUCUGGAUAUACAUUUAAUUUUAAAUAUAAUGCAUCAUUGGAAAAAGUUAAACAAAAACUAUAUGCAUCAUUUAUGUUACCUUCAAGAGCAGAUAUUAAUGAAACUAUUAAAUUAUUUUUUUUUCAUAAUUGUAUAAUUUUACAAACACAAGCUAACUUUGUAACUAAAAUUCCAUUUCUUAACUCUUUUCGCUUCGUCAUAACAGCUCUUAUACACGAUCUUCCUAGUGAAAAUUAUAGCGAAAAAAAUACUACACAGAUAGACAUCUUGUAUGACGCACAUUUUUUUAAACACACAUACUUCGAAAACAAGAUAGUAGCUACCCUUUUAAAAUUAUUAGAAUCGAUUAGUUUAAAGUUUAAGGUACGCAUAAAUGAAUGUAUACGGGAAAUAUAUAAGGACAAAUCCUUCCGUGAAACAACCGCCCAAAUUACCAAUAUAAACAAUAUUUUUAGAACCUCCACUACUACCGAUAACAGUACUACUGAUAACAAUAUUAUCGAUAACAGUACUACCGAUAACAUUACUACUGAUAACAAUACCACCGAUAACAUUACUACUGAUAACAGUACUACUGAUAACAAUAUUAUCGAUAACAGUACUACCGAUAACAAUAUUAUCGAUAACAGUACUACCGAUAACAAUACUACCGAUGACAAUACCACCGAUAACAGUACUACUGAUAACAAUACUACCGAUAACAAUACUGGCGAUAAUAAUACUACCGAUAACAUUACUACCGAUAACAUUACUACUGAUAACAAUACCACCGAUAACAUUACUACUGAUAACAAUACCACCGAUGACAAUACUACUGAUAACAAUACCACCGAUGACAAUACUACCGAUGACAGUACUACCGAUAACAAUACCACCGAUGACAAUACUACCGAUAACAAUACUACUGAUAAUAAUACUACUGAUAACAUUACUACUGAUAACAGUACUACCGAUGACAAUACUACUGAUAAUAAUACUACUGAUAACAUUACUACUGAUAACAAUACUGCCGAUAACAAUACUGCCGAUAACAAUACUACUGAUAAUAAUACUACUGAUAACAUUACUACCGAUAAUAAUACUACUGAUAACAAUACUACCGAUGACAAUACUACCGAUGACAAUACUACCGAUAACAUUACUACCGAUAAUAAUACUACUGAUAACAAUACUACUGAUAACAGUACUACCGAUAAUAAUACUACUGAUAACAAUACUACUGAUAAUAGUACUACCGAUGACAAUGCUACCGAUAAUAUUACUACUGAUAAAAUUACUACUGAUAAUAGUACUACUGAUGACAAUGCUACCGAUAACAUUACUACUGAUAAUAGUACUACCGAUGACAAUACCAUCGAUAACAUUACUACUGAUAACAGUAGUUGUAUUACGAAUAAUCAAAAAUAUAAUCACACUGAUGCUAAAAAUAAGACACUAGCUGGAUUCAAAAAUAAAAUAACAAAUCCCCAAAAUAAUAAAAUAGUCAUAAAAACGAAACACUUUGAAAAUAUCCUACCCAAUUACAUAAACGAUGAAAUCCAUAUAAAUCCCACACUGGCACCUUCCGACAAAACCCCCAAAUUUCUCCUAACCUCCAUAACAAUAUUGAUGUACAUUUAUAUGAACUUUAUCCAAAAUCUAAUAAAUUAA